GCUGCGUGGCACUGACUGCGGACAUGCAAAACUCACUGGCAGUGCCCCUGCCUGCCGUUCAGCUGGGAGGCCAUUUCCCAGCCACUCCUCAGCCUCCCUCCACAGCCUCUUGUCAUCUGAAAACCUUUUCUGGAAGGGGCAGCCCGCUUCUGCUGUAUUGUUACUGUGGGAGCCCUGGUCCGGGGCCAGAUCCCCAUGGCGCUAGGAGCUGGACAACGCAGAACAAAAAGACAGUCCCUGCCACUCCCGACCCACAUAUAAGCCACAAGACAGCAGAGGGACAGAGCCAGGCAGACGGGACUACAAGUGAACAGUGAGACAGUGCUGGUCAGCCUGCCAGGCCAUGGCCUCUGCAUGCCAGCAGCAUCACAGCAAAGGAGCGUUUGGCAGUGGGACUGGAAGGUACCACGAUCAGCAGGAUGUGACCAGCAACUUCCUGGGUGCCAUGUGGCUCAUCUCCAUCACGUUCCUCUCCAUUGGCUACGGUGACAUGGUGCCUCACACAUACUGUGGGAAAGGCGUCUGCCUCCUCACCGGCAUCAUGGGAGCUGGCUGCACCGCACUGGUGGUGGCCGUGGUGGCCAGGAAACUGGAACUCACCAAAGCCGAGAAGCACGUGCACAACUUCAUGAUGGACACUCAGCUGACGAAGCGGAUCAAGAAUGCUGCAGCCAACGUCCUUCGGGAAACGUGGCUUAUCUACAAACACACAAAGCUGUUAAAGAAGAUUGAUCAUGCCAAAGUCAGGAAGCAUCAGAGAAAGUUCCUUCAAGCCAUUCACCAGCUGCGCAGUGUGAAGAUGGAGCAGAGGAAGCUGAGUGACCAGGCCAACACACUGGUUGAUCUUUCCAAGAUGCAGAACGUUAUGUAUGACCUGAUCACAGAGCUCAAUGACCGGAGUGAGGACUUGGAGAAGCAGAUUGGCAGCCUAGAGUCCAAACUGGAGCAGCUAACCACUAGCUUCAACUCUCUUCCCCUGCUCAUCGCUGAAACCCUGCGCCAUCAGCAGCAGCAGCUCCUCACAGCUGUUAUUGAGGCUCGUGGCAUCAGUAUGGCAGGGGGCACCCCCCAGACACCCCUGUCUGACAGUCCGAUUGGGGUCAGCUCCACCUCCUUCCCAACCCCUUACACCAGUUCAAGCAGCUGCUGAAUUGCAGACUGAGCCCUCAAGCCCUACGAAGACAGACAAGAAGAGCUACUUGUGGGUCUUCAGAGUCAAGUCAACUUUCUUCCGGCCCUCUGGCCGCCAGAAACAUCCAGGCCAAGCCAAUGCUGAAAGCACGACCGAACUAACGCCGAGGUUAGCUCAGAGCCCUCGGAGUUCAACAACGCCUUGGAACCAGAAAUCCAGUCUCUGUUUCGGUGCCUCUACAUGCGAUGAGAAGGAAGCAGAUGUGAGGGGAAGCCUCUGGCAAGGCCCUUGCUGCAGUGUUUGGUGGAGGACAGAAAUCCACACUCAAUCUCAGGUCUUCAAAUAGGGAAAAGAAAAAAAAAAUGUCCGAAGCACUGAAGCAACGGAGCUGCACCAGAGGAAGAGUACUCCACAGCACGGGCUGUGAGCCAUGGGCAAAGGGGCUGCUUAUCUCCAGGGCCUUCCUUUGUCCCCAUUCCUCCCAGCCCUGUUCGUUAAGUGUCUUGCCAAGGAAGAGUGGGGGAGGAGGACAAUUAGUUUGCCAAGACUGCUAUCCCUUUGCCUCCUGCAUCUCCCACAGCCCUACCAGGGAACUGCCAAUAUCUCACCUUCUUGCACAGGCUCUGAGCUCAGAGGCCCAUUUGCCACCCCACCCCCUGCCAAAACACUGCCACAUACACACAUUUCCAGCUAGGGGAGGGUGCUUCAUUCGCUUUAUUCUGAGUCUCUAGAGGAGUGAAUCCAUUUUCUGCCUGAAGCCAAUGUGCUGGAGCGCAGCAUUCAGGUGCUGGGCACGGCAUCUGGGGCAUGCUGGCUUCGUGGGGGUGUUUAUUGCAUUACAGGGCGGUUACAGGGAGAUAUAUGAUGAGGCCCUGAUGAAACACACUGCAAGUCAAUCCAACAUGGAUUGUUUAAAAAUGCACUGCCACUCCAGUGAAACCAUGCGAGGCAUCCGAGUUCCAAGCACCCUGAGAAGGCGGGGCAGCGAGGGUUGCAGAAGCAAUGCAUUCAGCCAAUGGUCAGGGAGGGCUUUGUGGAAUGGAACCAGAUGGUUCCUCCUGGAGCUGCAUCCAGUCCUGUUUGACUGGAGCGAGGGUCACUGCACUGCAGGGCUUUCAAGGAGGCACCCUGCAUUACUCCUGAAAACCCCUCUGAGGAGUAGAAAAAGGUUUGUGGUGGAUCUUGAAUUACCUGCAUCACCCACAAACCAGAGCCACCAUUUAUAGUCUCAGCAAAUAAUCCAGUACCUCUCCAAUCCAGAUACUCUUUGAAGAGGCUUCAGAACUGAAAGGUAAAACACCCAGGGCCAGUUAGAGAGAGGGUCUUAACUUGUGACAUGAAUUUAAAAAUUCUCUCCCCUGCCUUCAGCUUGGCUGACAACAAUGACAUUCUACUAGCUCAAACAUUGCUGUGACCUAACCAUGAGGUUGCUUUAAUGGGAAGUAGGAAUCGGGAGAGACAGAAAAGAAAGUUGAUUAGGACACUUCAUCAGUUUAAAACAAAAGACUAAUUUAUUGCAGUGAUUCUGUUGGGUCUUGGUAGCUAGCAGCAGAACCACCCCGGGGUAAAUGAUGCAAUGCACAGCUUCACAGGCAGCUAGACAGAUACCCACAGCCCGGGAUCCUGCCCUUUAUGGGCAUCUGCUGGGGGAGCUGCCUUCAAUAGCAAUGGUCAGGAGUGGGGAUGGACGUGCAAGUUACCAGCCCCGCCACUGGCUGUGGGAGAGGGCAGUCCAUAAGAGAGAGAUGGCUAAUCUUUGCUGGUUGUCACCAUGGGCCUGGACACCUCCCAGCUUCCUCUGGGAACUAAAAUGUUCCCUUCUCCCUCUGACAUUUUCACUUCUUUAAAAACUCUUUGUUCAGCCCCAGCUCCUGCCUUUGUUGUUUUAAUGCCUUGUAUGGUCUUUGUUCAGAGUCCUGCGGGCAGCCGCAAGGCACUGGCUUGCUUUCUUAGAAUUCCGGGGAUGGUGUUGGCUGCUCUCAAUGAAAACUCAGCAGAGGAUAUUUAUAUAUCUUUAAACGGAUGAAGUAACCAUGUAAUUACUCUGUGAUAUUAAUUACACAUCACCCAGCGGUGUCUUCUAAUUGUACUGAAAGUCACUGUGUUACUCCAGGCAUACUUAGCCUGGAAGCUUCUCCUCUGUAACUCUUUCACUUCCAUAAAGAACACUGGAUUCCAUAGGUACCUAGGCAGGGAUCUAUGAUCAGCAGAGGGGUUUACAUGCAAAACUCUCCUUGCUGCCGCUGGUAGGUGUUGUGCGCCUCAAACCCUAUAUUGAAAGUUUCUGAGAAAACCAUCACUAGUUGGAGAGAGGAAUACUCCUUCUUCCCACCGGUGCUAACACUGGUGGCACAACGGUAUUGCUCUGCUGCAUAUUGUGGCAGAAAUACCAAGAGAGUUCUGCUAAUAAUGUGCCCUGCUACCACAGAGGUCUGAGUAACCUCGUUGGUAAUGCAGGAGCAAAAUGAGCCUCCAUAAACACAACUGACCGAGUUCAGGAGGGAAAUUAUACACCCUCCAAAGAAGUACUGCAGAGGCAAGGCAGGAUGUUACACAGCCCCAUGCCAGCAGGAACAAGGGCACCAUGGACACCUUUCCAUCAGCCGCAACCCAGCAAUGCGUUUAGUGUGGACGUACGCAAUUGACUGUAUAAAAUCGAUUUCUAAAAAUCGACUUCUAUAAAAUUGACCUAAUUUUGUAGUGUAGACAUACCCUCAGAGGGUUUCCUGUGCCAAUAGCCAUGGUACUCCUCACCCAGAACCUCUGUCACCAUCUUGAGAAAUUGCAGGCUUUUCCCUCCAUACAACAGCAUUCAAUAAUCACCAUCAGCUCUCAAAGCCCAUCGUGGUGUGGGGUGCUGGGGAGCCAGGGCUCAGGUACACCCCUUUCCAUGGUGGGAGAGGUUUUCGGUUUAUAGCCACACCAUUGCUUGGCCUGUCACCCUCCCAGUCGUAGCCAUCAGGCCUUUCUCCUACUUCCGGAGUGCAUCCAUUUCCACUGCCAUCGUUUGAGCUGUGCUCCCCCUCCUUCCCAGCCCUAACUGCAGUAUUUAGAGAGGAGAGACGGCUACGCUAACAUCACUGCCAGUAUCCCUCCAGUCUGGCCAGGAGGAGAUAUUCUAGCUACGGUAGCCAUCUGCUCCCCCUUUCAAAUACCAUGUAGGGCAGUGGUUAGGUCACUCAACUGGGAGUCAGGAGCCCUGAGUUCUAGUCCUGGCUCUGCCACAGACUCACCGUGUGACCUUGGGCAAGUCACUUCCCAUCUGUCUGCCUCCAUUUCCUCUCCUGUAAGAUGGUGAGGACAACGCUUAUCCAUCUUUGUAACGUGUUUUCAGGUCUAGGGGUGAGAAAGGCUCUAUAAAUGCUAAAUAGCGUUAUAAAAUACACAGGUCUUCAUCUCUGGUGGUUCACAUAGGACUAAACAACAGCAUCUUACACUGAAGCUGUGAUAUAAGUACUGGAAAGAGACAGAAAAAUAUAUCCUCAAGUUUUAGAUCACUAAAGGGAGUAUUGGUUGCAAAGGAUCAGUAUCACCAACAGGAAACUUGGAACUUGUGCCUAAUAAUCAAUUUUGGUAAAUCCUACUGAAUGAGAUGAGACUGGAAAAUGCCAAAUCGCUAACAGAUUCAAAGCUUUUGUGAGGAAUGAAGCACAGGCAGUGAAAGCUUCAAUAUCAUACGUAGCGUAUGAGAAUUUUUCUACAGGCAUAACUGUCUGGAGAAGUGUAAUUUCAUUAGGAUUGAUUAUUAUCUUGACAGAAGUUUCUUGCUGGUUUAUAAAGAGACACAGAUACUCAACUGCACUGCCAGUUGGUAUCUCUGGUGCUGCAACAAGCAAUGUUCCGUAAUUCAGUUGACUGGUCCAGUACUCCAGUUGUCACCCCUGCAGUAUCAGGCACUACUGUUCCUCUACCCCACCAGUUUUGCAGUCCCUCACAUUUCAGCACCUUAGACAGCAGUCUGGUUAAUCAAACUAUCAGUGGCAACAGCAUGUUUGACUCUACCUCUGAUACCCAUUUUUACUCCCUUGUUUCCUGCUACCAUUGUUAAAGUUAGUAUGGAAGUGACAGCAAUGAUGUUUGCAGUGGCAUUUAAACGAUUCCAUAGAGCCAUUGCUGUCAGACAGCCUUUGCUAGUAGAAGGAUAAGCCAGCCACUGAUUAUAUUGAGACAGGCACAUCCGUAGUAAUAGUAGAACCUCAGAGUUUCGAACACCAGAGUUACAACCUCACCGGUCAACCACACACCUCAUUUGGAACCGGAAGUCUGCAAUCAGGCAGCAGCAGAGCCAAAAACCCCCAAAUACAGCACAGUGCUGUGUUAAAGGUAAACUACUAACAAACUGAAGGGAAAGCAGCAUUUUUGUUUGCAUAGUAAAGUUUCAAAGCUGUAUUAAGUCACUGUUCAGUUGUAAACUUCUGAAAGAAGAACCAGAACAUUUUGUUCAGAGUUACGAGCAACCUCCAUUCCCAAAGUGUUCGUAACUCUGAGGUUCUGCUGUAUAGUGUCAGUUUCCACAAUGACCUAGGCUUACCCUGAGUAACUAAGGUGAGUUUUCCUAGAUUUACUAAGCUGCUUUAAUAGGACUCCUUGUGUAAACUAGACCUUGCAUCUCUCCUCUAUUGGAAACACCCUCCCUGAACUGGAAUUUCCCUCUGAGUAGCCCACUGGCAAAUCUUGAACAACCAGUCUCCAUCUCCCAGUGGCAGGGGGUUCCGCUGUUUACACACCUGAGAAAGGCAUUCUGGAACCUGCAUUAACGGGCCAGGAGAUGACACCCCCUCCAACUGAACCAGAACAAAGGAAGGGAAGAACUGAGACCAGCUGAGGGAGAAAAGCACAAGAGUAAAACUCAACGCAUCGUUAUCAUCCCAAAGAGAUGCUGACAUUCUACAGACAAAAACCAGUGACAAACCACACGCAAAUCAGACUGAACCAGCCAAUGCCCACAUUUUGUGGUAGAUGGAAGGGGAAAAAAUAACCAUCCCCUGGCUCAUUAGUGCCAGAUACAUUCUCAUUCUGAAUCUCAGACACCCAUCUUCAGCACAUCUCAUUUCCUGGCACAGCCUCAGUUUUGCUCCAAGAACCUCUAUUCUGCACUGUCCACGAGGGAAAAACCACAAAGAAGCAGAAUGCCAGAACCGAUAUAUCAUCCUCUUUGCAACUCUCAAAACUGAAGUGUUUCUAUUCAGACUUAGAUGAUGAGCAUCAAUAUGGGUUUGCAUCUUGCCUCUGUACUGCUUGCUUUUUUUUAAAUAAUAGCAGAAAAGCCUAAUAGUUUAUUUUAACUAUGAAUUAUAUUGCUAUAUUAUAAAGGGUAUUGUAA